AUGCCACUCCUCGACCUCUACCAUGCGGUUCGUGAAUACGCCCGCGAUGAGGGUAAUGCAUAUAAUGCCAACACAGAGAAGUUGCUCUUGCGGGUAGCCGACGUGUUUGGGCGAACAUGGGAUCUUGGCUUCACAGCGUUCGGAGGGCCACCGGUUCACUUUCGAAUUCAGCACCAGCGGUUCGUUGAGGGCCGAAAUGGAAAGACACCGUGGAUCGACGAGCGAAUAUAUCAAGAGCUCUUCGCAGUAUGCCAAGCACUACCAGGUCCAGGCAGCACCAAGAUGCUCUUCUGUAUCGUUUUGAUCCAUGCUGGCCUGAUUCCUGCGAUUCUAGCAUUUUUACUAUGGAGUCUCCCUGGCGCUGUCGGGAUGUAUGCUUUAUCGCUAGGGGUCCAACAUAUCAAAAACCGUCUUCCAGAUAUUGUAUAUGCGCUUCUUUCUGGCUUGAAUGCAUCAACGGUUGGAAUCGUCGCUCUCGCCGCAGUUCAACUUGCAGAAAAAGGUAUCACCGAUACAGUAACGAGAAUCUUGGUCCUCGGCGGAGCUUGUGCGGGACUAUGCUAUACCGCACUGUGGUACUUCCCUGUCCUGAUACUCGUUGGUGGAUUGAUGACAACUCUCUGGGAUAUGUGGCUUCAGCAACAGGUUGGCAAGGCAAAGGCAAAAUGGAAGAGAAGGCAAAGAGAAGGAUCUGACGAGGCAGAAAUCCCUGAAGAAAAUGCUCCAGAACCCAUUGAGCUUACGGAACGCAACGUGGAUGACAACAACGGACUCAGUUUGCAAAGAAGAAACGUCGGGCAGCCCGGUCAGACUAGACAAGGGAAGUUGGAAAAUGAGCAAAGCUUGAGGAGACUAACUCCCGAGAACAUUGACCAGACCGACACCAAGUCGCAUGCCAUCAGGAUUUCAACAGGACUUGGUCUUAUUAUCGCAUUUUUCGCCUCGCUUAUUGUUAUCCUCGUUACUCGUGGCCUACUCAAAAAUCCUCCACGACCACUGGAUCUCUUCGCAAAUAUGUAUUUGGCUGGAACCAUUAUCUUCGGUGGAGGUCCUGUCGUUAUUCCCCUUCUCCGUGAAUACGUCGUCCAACCAGGGUGGGUAACACCUCGUGAUUUUCUCAUUGGCCUUGCCAUAAUCCAGGCUUUCCCGGGACCAAACUUCAACUUUGCGGUAUACCUAGGUGCUCUUUCCUUACUGGGGACGCCGCAUGACACUCUUUUGGGAGCAUUUAUUGGAUAUAUGGGCAUUUUCAUCCCUGGGAUUAUCCUCGCUGCUGGAUUUCAGAGCUUCUGGAAUAUUUUAAGGACAAAGCGCCUGGUUACCAGCUUGCUGAGAGGGAUCAAUGCUACCGCAGUUGGAUUGGUCUUCACGGCCGUCUAUCGACUGUGGCAGAUUGGAUAUCUCACUCCUGAGCAAACCGACGGGAAGAGCCUGGCUGAGAAUCCUUGGUGGGUGGUUGUUGCAGUGGUUACAUAUGCGGAAAGUGCGUGGUUCAAAGUUCCUGUCCCAGUUUCUAUUAUGAUUGGCGGUAUCCUGGGUCUUUGUUGGUUCGGAGCUAUUGGCUUUUCAUAA